AUGUCACAUAAUCAGGAUUCUAAUACUAUCUAUGAUAAAAAUCAUGAAAACGAGAUUUUUAAAGAAGCCUUUGAAAUAUUCGAUAGAAAUAACGAUGGAUCAAUCGAAGCGAGCGAAUUUAAGUUUGUCUUGAAUAAUUUAAAUAUGUUUCCAACAGAUUUGGAGAUUGAUGAAAUGAUUCAGCAACUUGAUCUUAAUAAUGAUGGAACUAUCGAUUUUAACGAGUUUUUAAUCUUGAUGAAAGAACUUCAGCACUAUAAUAUCCCAAAUGCAAUAUCUGCUGCUUUUAAGGGUUUUGAUAAAGAUAACGACAGCAAAUUAUCCAGAACCGAAUUAUUUGACACUUUUAAAUUUCUUGCUGACAAUUUGACUGAUGCAGAUAUCAACGAGAUAAUUAAUGAAAUCGAUACUAAUAACGACGGCUUCAUAGAAUACCAGGAGUUUAUGGACUAUUUUGCUGAGUGA